AUUUCUAGUAGCUCCCGGCAUUAGUUAUACGUCAGUUUGUCCAUUGCAAUUAACAACACUGAAUUUGCCUGAUUAACCAUUUCUAACCUGAAGGAAUCGUAACUACGCAGCCGCACCCUUCCGGUUCAUAAUAGAAACUGGUGACAGCGAUAUACUGUCGAUAGAUCGCAACUCAUAUUGUAGUUAAUUCUGGGCUUAUGUUAUAUUUGUUUGAUGAAAGAUUUGGAAACACAAGCUUGAUUUUCGAUCACUUUUAUACUUUUGAUGACUAAUUCUAUGAUCUUAUCAACAUGAAAAAUAUAUUAGGUUUGCUGCUACAUCGAUUCCCACGUUUAUUAGCAAGAAUCCACUAUUUUCAAUUUUCGUGCGAAGUGUGGAAAAAACUUAUUGGAUUGGAAUUAGCAUUGAAAAUAAAACAUUCUUCGAAACGUUAUGGAUUUAUCAAGAUAUUUAAAGAAACGUAUCUGAUAUGUAUCUGAGAAGAAUUUUUCAUCUUUUUUCAGGCGGAAAUUUUUCAAUUAAAAAUUCGUGAAGACGAAUCGAUUAUUAGAAUAAAUAAUAUGAAGAAUUGCCGUUGAAAGAAAUAUAUAAGGCAUUAGACAUCGAAUGACAUCUGAAGAUAGCAGAUCUUCGAACAGUAGAUAACAAGCCUCUCAAAAUUCAGAACAAAGGAUAUUCUAUUACCCAUUAACUUAACAUGAAAAAAGACACGACUACAUCUGGUUCGAAAACGCCUGCAACAAUGAUGACUUCGCGCAAUCCUUCACAUAUUUCAGAAUACGUUUUGGAGAUAUUAAACAAUGAAGAAGAUACUAUUUAUGCUAAGAACAAUAUUGACAAAUUUUACUGUUGGAAUUGCAGUACUAUUGGACACAAUAGUAAAAUUUGCAAAGAACCUCGUCACGAGAAUGAACAUCGAUCUCAAUCGAAAGAAAUAUCACUAUCGUCAAUGAAGAAGCCUUUAAACUGCAACAAGGAACCUGAAGUGAUUAAAUGAUGAGUAAUAGCAAGCAAGAUCAAGUUCAACAAGAAAUAAUAUGAUUAUUGGAAACAUUAACUUGACUGGAAAUUAUAUCUCUUUUAACAUUAUAUUCAAUUUUUAAUCUUA